CGCGGCGCAUGUCAGCUGAUGCGGGAGGGUUUGAAGCGGCGCCGGGAGGGAGCGAGGCCGCAGUGACCGCGGCGCGCGCUCGGACCCGCCCGCGUCCCGCGCUCACCCUGCGGCCAUGGCCACCGCGGCGGGCCGGCGCGGCUCAGAGACCGAGCGGCUGCUGACCCCCAAUCCUGGGUAUGGGACCCAGGUGGGGACCUCACCAGCCCCAACAACCCCCCCAGAAGAGGAAGACCUCCGCCGCCGCCUCAAGUACUUCUUUAUGAGCCCAUGUGACAAGUUCCGGGCCAAAGGCCGCAAGCCCUGCAAGCUGAUGCUGCAGGUGGUCAAGAUCUUGGUGGUCACUGUGCAGGUGAGACCAGCCAGGCAGGACCUUGGCCAAAUGCUACCGGCUUCUUCCCUGGCCCAGCCAAGCCCUAGUUCCAACCUCCUAUGGCCCUGUGUGGGUUUUGAUCGUUGUCACCCGUUUCCUGUAGGAGACAACAGCUUCCGGCUUCUAUUUGAUGUGGUGGUCAUCCUCACCUGCUCCCUGUCCUUCCUGCUGUGCGCCCGCUCCCUGCUUCGUGGCUUCCUGCUGCAGAACGAGUUUGUCAUAUUCAUGUGGCGGCGGCGGGGUCGGGAAAUCAGCCUCUGGGAACGGCUGGAGUUUGUCAAUGGUUGGUACAUCCUGCUGGUCACCAGUGACGUGCUCACCAUCUCGGGGACUGUCAUGAAGAUUGGCAUUGAGGCAAAGAACCUAGCCAGCUANGACGUCUGCAGCAUCCUCUUGGGGACCUCCACUCUGCUCGUCUGGGUCGGUGUCAUUCGCUACCUGACAUUUUUUCACAAGUACAACGUGAGUGUCCUGCGCCUGAGCCCCACCUGGGCAGUAUCUGCCCCAUGCCUCUCAACCCCUCUGAGUCCUGAGGAACCAGCCCUUGACCCUUUCCGCUCGCUGUCCAUGGUGUCCGAAUGUCUGUUCUCGCUCAUCAACGGAGACGACAUGUUUGUGACGUUCGCGGCCAUGCAGGCCCAGCAGAGUCACAACAACCUGGUGUGGCUCUUCUCCCAGCUGUACUUCUACUCCUUCAUCAGCCUCUUCAUCUACAUGGUGCUGAGCCUCUUCAUUGCNCUCAUCACCGGCGCCUAUGACACCAUCAAGGUCAGCCAUCUCUUACCGUCUCCUCCCUGGGAGUCCUGGCUUCCCUUUCCCCUCCCCUGAACAUUUUCAGCCCUGAGUUCCAAGAGCCACCUGGCUUCUCAGAGUUGUCCUGGCUUCACAAUAGUUGGAACAGGUAAGACUCAGAAGCUAUAUAAAGUCCAAAGGGAGAGUGGCCAGGAGCUGGGUUUGGGGUGGUUGGGGUUGUCUGAGUCACCCUGGAAGAGUAGCCUAGGAUGUACCCCAACUGGACUCAGUUGGAUGGGCAGGACAGGACAGGCUCCAUGGUCCCUCAUGGGUACAAAAAUGUGCCAGUAUUUUUUUCUUUUGUUUUUUCGAGACAGGG